GACGUCACUGACAGAAAUGAAUUACGGAAAUUAGAAAUGGCUGCGAUAGGUAGUGGACGGGGGACGAUGGAUUCCCAAAAUCAAGUGCAAAGUGAUACAGAAGAUCGUUUAAAAUUGCUUUAUCCGAACGUGAACGAAGAUGAGACACCUUUACCUAGAUCCUGGAGCACAAAAGAUAAAUUCAGCUACAUCGGGCUGUCGCAAAAUAAUCUUCGAGUGCAUUACAAAGGUGGCUCGUCGGGCCCGGGCCGCUGUCCCCACCUGCCCUACCUCCACUUGCGCCUCUGGAUGUAUCGUCAUGGCAAGACGCACAAGGACGCGGCGAGCGUGCGCGCCACGCAUCCCAUUCCCGCGGCGUGCGGUCUCUACUAUUUCGAGGUGCGCAUCGUGUCCAAGGGUCGCGACGGCUACAUGGGCAUCGGCCUCUCCGCACACGGCGUCAAUAUGAACCGCCUGCCCGGGUGGGACAAGCAUUCGUACGGAUACCACGGCGACGACGGACACUCCUUCUGCUCGUCGGGCACGGGCCAGCCAGGGACGCACGUAGGCGAAGGGAAGGGGCGCGUGGCAAAAACGUGGGCGACGCCUCGGCGUUUGACAGAAACGUGGGCGAUGCGCAGGCUUUUGACAGAAAUGUGCGAUGCGUACGCGUUUGGCAGAGAACUGGGCGACGCGUGGGUGUUUAGCAGAAUCGUGGGCGACGUGUGGGCGCGCAUGGCGUCGCGCGGAUUCAGGCUUGCGACAUUGGCCGUGAUAUGUGAUAUUUGUCACAGUAUUUGUUUGAGUGGUGGUGGCGAUGGCGCUAUUAGGCAAGGCGGUUGUGCAAGAGGCGGAGAGGCGGCGAGGCCUACGGGGUCAGUACUCACGCAGAACCGAGAGCGACGUCUGGUGUAA